AUGCGCCCCCACCUUGCGCUGCUGGCAGCGCUGCUGCUCGCCGGCGCCUCGGCCGCGGCAGCCGCCGCCUACAGCUGCGACGCAACCACCUGCGCUGCGCCCGACUGCCAGUGCGCCUCCACAAGCGCCCCGGGCGGCCUGUCCCGCAACGACACGCCCAUGUUUGUGCUGAUCACGCACGACGACUCGGUCAACACGCUGCAGGACCGCGUGGUGCGCACCGUGACGGACGGCUUCGUCAACAAGAACGGCUGCAACGUGCCCGCCACCUGGUUCGCCAUCAAGAACAAGUCCAACUGCACCUUCGUGCAGCAGCUGAUCAAGGACAACCACGAGAUUGCCGGCCACACCGUCAACCACUCGUACAUGUUUGCCAACCUGACGGUUGACGAGAUGAAGGCCGAGGUGGAGGGCAUCAGGGAGUAUUUGGUGGAGGAGUGCAAGGUGCCGGCAGACAAGCUCAAGGGCUUCCGCGCCCCCUACCUGGUGCACAACGAGCAGUUCCGCAGCGUACUGCAGGAGGCUGGCUUCCAGUACGACUCCUCCAUCAUGGAGCCCUCCAACACGGAGACCUCCCCCUCCUGGGCCCAGCGCACCUUCCCGUACACCAUGGACGCAGGCGUCCCGCAGGACUGCGGCUGGCCCGGCAACACCGAGAUGAGCUGCUCCACCGACGAGCGGCACGCGGGCCUGUGGGAGGUGCCCGUCUGGAUGCUGCCCAGUGCGGAGGGCGAGAAUGGGUUCACCAUGGAUCCAGAGGCGGCCUCCUCGGACCAGCUGUAUGAGCUGCUCAAGACCUCCUUUGAUGCCGCCUAUGAGGGCAACCGCGCCCCCUUCCCCAUCUUCCUGCACGCCCCCUGGUUCACUUACAACAACUCCCAGGGCUUCCUGCGCUUCAUGGAGUACGCCACCGACAAGCCCAAUACCUGGUUCGUCACCGUCAGCCAGCUGCUGGACUGGAUGAAGGCGCCCG